CACACUUGCACAGUUGCACUCCUAAAUCAAGAACGACUCCACUUUUUCUUUAUUUUGUAUUUUUGUCUUCUUGCUUUAAAUUCCACAGUUAAUUAUUAUUAUAUGGUCCCUUAAUCUUUAUCCUAUCUCAUUUUUCCCCAAUCGGUUGCCGUUUCAUACACACUCAGACACUCUUAACAAACUCCUUGCUAAAAAUAUUGAUCCUCCAUUCUCUUUUUCUCUCUUCAAAACCCAAAACCCAAAACCAAAAAAAACCUCUUGAACUUGGCAAACCUCCAACAAUGACUGAGUCUAAGGGUGGCGAAACCAUGAACUUCGCCGUACAAGUGGUAAAAGGGAGGUGGUUUACGGUGUUUGCCUCCUUUCUUAUAAUGUCCGGUGCCGGUGCUACAUAUCUAUUCGCUAUAUACACCAAAGAGAUCAAAUCAUCAUUAGGAUACGAUCAAUCAACUCUUAAUCUUUUAGGGUUUUUCAAAGAUUUGGGAGCCAAUGUCGGGGUUUUCUCGGGCCUUAUCGCCGAAGUAAUCCCAACAUGGGCCGUGUUACUAAUCGGGUCUGGUAUGAAUUUUGCCGGGUAUUUCAUGGUUUGGUUAGCCGUUACUUAUAAAAUCUCUCGGCCUAAAGUUUGGCAUAUGUGCUUGUACAUAAUGAUAGGCGCGAAUUCUCAGAAUUUCGCAAACACAGGUGCGUUAGUUACUUGUGUUAAAAACUUCCCUGAAAGUAGGGGAAUUAUGCUGGGUUUAUUGAAAGGUUUUGUAGGGUUAAGUGGAGCAGUUAUGACCCAAAUUUACCUAGCAAUCUAUGGUAAUAAUGAUUCUAAAUCACUUAUUUUGCUAAUCGCGUGGUUACCCGCCGCCAUUUCAGUGGUUUUUGUGUACACCAUUAGAACAUUAAGGGUUUCCCGGCAACCUAAUGAGGUAAAAGUUUUUUACCACUUUUUGUAUGUUUCAAUUGGGUUAGCCUUAUUUUUGAUGGCUAUGAUCAUUUUACAAAAGUUUAUCACUUUUAGUAAGGAAGCUUAUGCUGGUAGUGCUACUGUUGUUUGUGCUACUCUGUUUUUGCCUUUGUUGAUUGCUGUUAGGGAAGAGUACUUGAUCCGAACUCAAACCCAGAUUCAAACCACAACCACGUUUAUGAGUAGUGAUGAUAUUGUUGGGUCAAUCGACAACGAAAAAGAGCUUCUAGAUUUUGUUGAUGGUAGUAAUGGUAAGAAAACAGGUAAGAAAACAGACAAGGAGAGGUCAUGUUUUCUUACAAUAUGUAACAAGCCAGAAAGAGGGGAAGACUAUACAAUACUACAAGCACUUUUAAGCAUGGAUAUGGGUAUUUUGUUCCUAUCUACAUUAUGCGGGUUAGGGUCAAGUUUAACCGCUGUUGAUAAUUUGGGUCAAAUAGGAGAAUCAUUGGGUUACCCAAAUAAAACAAUCAGCUCAUUUGUAUCUCUAGUUAGUAUAUGGAACUAUUUUGGUCGGGUCUUUGCCGGGUUUGUAUCCGAAGCCCUCUUAGCCAAAUGGAAGAUCCCAAGACCGUUAAUGUUAACCCUAGUUCUAAUGCUAGCUUGUGUGGGCCAUCUCCUCAUCGCGUUCCCCAUCCCAGGAUCCGUUUACAUUGCAUCGGUGAUAAUCGGGUUCUCAUUCGGAGCACAAUUACCUCUUUUGUUCGCCAUCAUUUCGGAGUUGUUCGGGCUCAAGUAUUACUCAACAUUGUUCAAUUGUGGACAGUUGGCUAGCCCACUUGGGUCGUACAUUCUUAAUGUUAAGGUGACGGGAAUGUUGUAUGAUAAGGCGGCUUUAAAAGAGUUGGCUAAGAAAGGUUUAAAAAGGUCGGAUGUUAAGGAAUUAACUUGUUUAGGGUCACAUUGUUAUAGGUUGUCGUUUAUUGUUUUGGCUUGUGUUACAUUUUUUGGUGCAUUGGUUUCAUUUAUAUUGGUGGUACGAACUCGUGAAUUUUACAAAGGUGAUAUCUAUAAGAAGUUUAGAGAGCAAGCAGAGGCAGCAGAUAAGGAGAAGGCGCUCGUGCCCGUCAACACAAACAACAAGCUGAACAACUAGUGUUAAUUGUUAAAGGUUGCUUCAAAGUAUUGUAGUUUAUUUUUUAUAUUAUUAUUUUUUGUUAAUUAUUGUAUAACUGUUAAAUGUUUGAUUCUCAAUGCAAAUGGCCUCAAUUAUUGAUCGCUUAA